AUGCCUUCCAAAGCCAGAAGAACUGAAAGCUGCAGAACCACAACAGUCUCCUCAGCAACCUCAGUUCCAGCAAGUACCUCCGAAUUACUACCAAUUUCCACCUCAAGGUUACUACCCACCACAAGACUUCCCGAACUACCCUCCUCAGCCUAUGCCUUACUUCCCCAACCCUUGGUUGUUCCAGCAAGCUCCACCCUAGCAAUUCAAUUCCAAUCUCAAUCGAAGAGAGACCAAAUUCGAAGAAGGUCUGAACCGCUUACGCAAAGAGUAUGCUACAGCUCCAAUGGAAGACGACAGGCUUUCAGUCUCUUCCCUCAAAUCGACCGAUUCGACUCGUACCACAGAUUCGGUUCGUGA